UGCGCAAAUCAUUGUGUUGUUGUGAAGUCCCGGGGAAAUUUGUCACUUCGUCGUUUGCGUUUGUAUCGCGUCGGAGAAAUGAACGAAGAAUUGAGUGUAGCGGUGUGGAGAGGUGAUAUUGAGUCAGUAACGCGUCUUUUGGAUACUCAAGUUGAUAUCAAUGGACGUGAUUUCGUCGGGGACACUCUUCUGAUAAAAGCGUGUUGGAAGGAGAACAAGGAGAUUGUUGAGUUGCUGCUCACUAUCAGAUGUUAAUGUGACUGGCAUGGUGAGUUGAUUGAGUGUGUGAAAGUGUGAUGUGUUGUUGAUAAGAUGAUAGAUAUCAACUAGAUGUAACAAUGUAAUCCAACAAUCAACGUUUUCGUUUCUUCUUGCUGGUCAAGAGGCAGCAGUGUUGACUUGUGACUGGCUGAAGCAGCCAUUGCGUGCAGAGAUGAAUAAUCUUGUUGGUUUUUAUUUCAUUCAACUUGGACUGUUGGAGACUAUUUUUGCAGUAGUUAUUGUCUUAUCAGGUCGUCUUCAUUUUCUAUUCUCUUUUCUCUUGCAGCAUGUGUACAGUGUGAUGGAGGAAUAAUGAUAAUAAUACAUUCUUGUGUAUGCAGUUGGGAUUUACAGCUUUGAUUGUAUGUACAAUCAAUGGAUCAGAAGAUAUUGUUGAUCUACUACUGAAUGUCAAAGAUAUUAAUGUGAUGAAGAAGACUCGUGUGGACGGAAUGACAGCCAUCCAUUGGGCUGCAGUGAAUAAUCACGUGACCAUUGUAGAGAGACUUUUGUCUUGUUCUGUUCCUGUUGAUAUCAAUGAUAAUGAUGGUUGCACACCACUGUGGUGGGCUGCCCUUUAUGGUCAUGUGCGUUGUGUUGAUGUUCUCCUAAAACAUGGAGCGAGUCCCUAACAUGAGAGUGAGAGUGAAGGAUCACCACUGGAGAUUGCUGAGAUAUGUGAUCACAGUGAUGUGGUUGAGAUGAUGGAAGAAGCCAUAAGAUUGAGAUCUCAUCCUUAUGUAAAGGGAGAUGUGUCUAUCAUGAAACAUCAAUAUGAAGAGACAAUUGCUGAACUGCAGAGUGAAGUGGAGAAGAUGAAAGAAGAAUUAAGACAAUCAUUUCUUCCCCAUGAAGUCACAAUGUUGAUAAAUAAGAUCCAAGAGAAAGGGGAGGAAAUGAGAUGUCUCGUGUGUGCUCUUGCUAGCAGAAUGGCAAGUGAGAAAGUUGGAGAAGGUCACACGACUUCAGCCGAGUGUCACAUGUCGUCACAAGCGGCAGGAACGGCAAAUCAACUGACCCCGAUGUUGGUAGCAAACAGCAGAUGUACGGAGCGAGAGAUGGUGGCUGUAGCUGAUAAAGUCCGUUCUUAUUGGCAGAAAUUUGUUUCCGUUCUCUCUCCAUUCUUGUUUGCAGUGGAUGAGAUAAGAGUUAUAGAACGUGAAACUGCAGACUUAUUUAUUCAAAGCAGAAGAGCAUUGGACAAGUGGGACAAUCACUUUGCUGCUCAAGCCAAUCGUCGGUUAAUAAUACAGACAUUGUGUGACAUUGGACAAACCAGUCAAGCAGUAGAUGUUUUUGGUCGUGACUUGGUGGAGAAUGUCUGUCCACCCAAAUGAUUGUGUUUGUCAAUUGUUGUGGACGUGAUGUGUUAGUCUUUGCAGAGAACAUGAUCUUUUGCGUUUGUAAUGCUUGAUGCAUUUUGCUAUGUAUUUUAGUGUUUAGUGCUUUUUCUAGAUUAUAAUUGUAGCUUAUGCACAAUAAAAUAUAAAAUAAACUACAUAG